GCCUGGACUGAAUCAACAAAUGAAUAAAACCAGGCAGAGGAGAGGGAGGGGAAUUGUGGGCAAUGCGUCAUCGAUUGUCAAGGGCUCAUUUAAGCAGCUGUAGAGCAGGAGGAAAGCGAGCGAUGCAGGCGGGGUGACUGACAUUUUCUUCUCUCCACACCAAAUUCUCUGGAAAAUUCCUUCAGUGUUCAGGGUGCUACAGAGCUGGUGGACAGACAUGGAUAGAGUCUAAACUAACCCGACUGCAUAAGCAUGGAUAUUGGCUUCAGUGUACACUGACAGAAGUGAUUUGAAUGUUGUGCGGUGCAUCUUUGAUAUUGUGAACUGGUCUUUGUUGUGAAGACAGACUUGGAUUCUGGCCUUUGAUUGCUACAAAAGAAGACACAUUUAAAAAAAAAAAAAAAAGACAAAGACCCAGUGGUCAUAAAACUGAUCUUUUCCUCUUUGGGAGCAUCUGUUCCUGGUCAUCUUUCACCCUGGGGAAGGCAACAGCCUUCGGACCCCCCCACAUCCCCUCUUCCUCCUCCUCAACAUCAUCGUUAUUGUCACAUUUGACGUCAGCUUCCGCUUCGCAUUGCUCCUCGACCAAGUGGAAAAGGUUUCACAUCCCUGGAUUGCCCAUCAUGCACAUGAAGACCUCAAAGUAUGAUCCCUUUUGCCUUGUUGCCUCUGUGACCAACCAGGAAGUGUUUAACAUUCCUGAAAGACAGGCAGGCUUUGAGGCCUUAUUUCAUUCAUUCGACCCAAAGGUCCAGUUCCAGUACUUCAAGUCUUUCCGCAGGGUCCGGAUCAACUUCAGUGACGCUCUGGCUGCGGCUGAGGCAAGACUCAGGCUGCACAAAACUAACUUCAAUGGCAAAGAGAUGAGGCUUUACUUUGCCCAGAUGGUCCACAUUGGAAGUCCUCGGCUGGAACCUCCAAAGCCAGAGAAACAGUUCUUGAUAUCCCCCCCUGCUUCACCUCCAGUCGGGUGGGAGCAGAGUCAGGACGCCACACCAGUUAUCAAUUAUGACCUGCUGUGUGCUGUCUCUAAACUAGGACCAGGUGAGAAAUAUGAGCUCCACACAGCCACACCCACGACCCCCAGCGUGGUCGUACAUGUGUGUGAAGACGAACAUGGCAAGAACUCAGCCGCUGAAGUCAGUGAUCAAGAUGACAGGCCCCACCCACAGCGUCUGAAGAUCAUCCAAACACGACGUCCUGACUACACCCCCAGUGUUGAGCAAUGAGAAAUAUUUCCCCCUGCAGUGAUUGUUCAAGAAUCCAACCUGCUCCGAGCAUGUUUUAGGGCAUUAAAAAUGCACCCAGUGGUGCCUGGUUGUCCUGUAGACGAGCAUUUCAUACGACUGUGAUAGCAAACAUUGUUUUCAAUGCUGCAUUCGGGUACUGUGGGAAAGACAGAAGAUAAGAAUAAUUACCAUUAACUCUUAGUUGAUGCAAAGUGCUUGGUGAUGGACCUUAGGUUCUCCGACAUCCUGAGUUCUGCCAUCAUGGAAGUACUCCUUUUUUUUUUCUUUUUUUUUUAUCACAAUGAUGGAACAUUUGGCUGUUUGCCACUUUGCUGUGAAUGAACAUCCACAUGCACAAACAUUCAACCGUUUGGAAACACCAGUCUUGACUGCAAGAAAAGUGGGGGUUUUUUUGGUGGUGUAUUUUUUUCCCCACCUUGAAGUAAUCAGUAAUCGGCUCAUGGUUUAUCCUUUUUUGGGGGGGUGGCGUUUCAGUUAUUUUUUUAGUUGUCUGUUCAUGUGGAUAUUUAAAGUGUUGAAGUCAUUGAUAUGUAAAUUUAUUCAUAAACGUGUUUAGUCAUGUAGUUUUGUUGUAAUGACAAGAACUGACAAACGCAUUUCAAUCUGGACUUCAGUCCCUGUUUCCAAACUUUUGAACAGUAUAUGUCAUCAAGAAUGUGUGCAAAAUGAAGUUGAAGG